CUAGAUAAACUCAUGGAGAAUGUCGUUGGCUUCUUAUUGUGUGUUUUGCUGCAGAAGAAUAGGAACUGCUGGUCCAACCACAAAAAGUGAUCUAUGGUGGAAAGAUAUCAGAAAAAUUUCAAAAUUAGCUGGAUCACUUGUUCUUGGAGGUUUUGUAUUUAUUACAUAUGAAAUUUUGGCCCUGAAGAAAUUAUUGACACUCAAUACUCAAGCUGUACAACAGGAGAAACUGAAGUCCUAUAUUUAUAUACAUACAGUUUCUUUAGAUCCCAGUGAAUCCCAUGGGUUCACACACAAGGCAAGGAAAGAACUUCAUAAAGCAGUGAGGAAAAUACUAGAAACUGAAGCUAAAAUUCUCCGGAGACCUUUUGAUGAACAUAUCAGUGCAUUUGCAGAAGAUCAUGACCGUGCCUUAUGGGUUCUCUUGAAGAGAAGUCAAUCAGAAGACAGAAUUAUUCGACUGCAGGCAGUGCAGCAACUGGCAGAGAACAGUCACUGGCAUGAUUAUCAAUAUAGGACCUUUGCCCAAGCUUGUGAUCAGAGGACUGCGAUUGGUUUGGCUCGGUCCAACAAUAUUGAUCUUCGUUUUUUUCUGCCACCGCCUCCCUUACCAAAACUAAAAGACGACCAUUCUAUAGAAGAUGAGCUCCGAUUGUUAUUGGUGUCAUUACCUCAGACGGACCUUGAGCAAUGUGUCCAGUACUUCACAUCUCUUGCUUUAAGAGAAAGCAGUCAGACUCUAGCUGCAAAAAGGGGGGGCUUGUGGUGUUUUGGAGGAAAUGGGCUUCCUUACUGCGAGACUUUGAGCAAAGUCCCAUCAGAGACAGUCGAACUCUUCUGUUUACAAGCAUUAGUGCAACAUUCCAAGGUUUCUACUCAUUGUGAUAUAAUUGAAGCAAAUGGAGGCCUGCCGCUACUACAGAGGAUAUACCAACUUCGUAAAGAUUCUGCAAAAAUACAAAGGAACAUAAUUCGCAUAAUUGGAAAUAUGGCUUUGGACGAACGUCUUCAUUCAUCCAUAAUACGUGCAGGUUGGGUUUCCAUACUAGCUGAAGUAAUGAAGUCUCCUCAUGUCAUUCAGUCUUCGCAUGCAUCCAGAGCCCUGGCUAAUUUGGACAGGGAGACAGUACAGGAAAAAUAUCCAGAUGGCGUAUAUGUUUUACAUCCACAAUACCGUAGCAGUCAGCCUAUUAAAGCCGACGUCCUUUUUAUUCACGGUCUUUUGGGAGCAGCAUUUAAAACCUGGAGACAGCAAGACAUUAUUCAACCUUUGGAUGAACAGGUUUCUGAAGGAGAAGAGGUUUACAGUGAAUGUUGGCCAAAGACGUGGCUAGCCUCAGACUGUCCUUCUCUUAGAAUUAUAUCUGUGGAAUAUGAUACCCACCUGAGUGACUGGAAAACAAAGUGCCCUAUUGAGGACCACAGGAAAUCUAUUGCUUAUAGGAGCAAUGAGCUUCUCAAUAAGCUUAGAGCUGCUGGUAUUGGAGACAGACCUCUGAUAUGGUUAUCACAUAGCAUGGGGGGUCUUCUAGUCAAAAAAAUGUUGGUGGAUGCUUCCAAGAACCCAGAAAUGGAUAAAAUUGUAAACAACACCCAAGGAAUCAUAUUUUAUAGUGUACCUCACCAUGGCUCCCAGCUGGCUGAAUACUCAAUGAGUGCUAGGUAUCUUCUCUUUCCUUCUGUGGAGGUUAAGGAACUCAGCACAGAUUCUCCUGCCCUUAAAGAGCUGAACGAUGAUUUUGUUUCAUUUGCCAAGGAUAAGAAAUUUCCAGUGUUGAGUUUUGCAGAAACCUUACCAACACAUAUAGGCAGCAUGAUAAAACUGCAUGUGGUACCUGUGGAAUCAUCAAAUUUAGGCAUAGGAGACCUAAUUCCAGUGGAGGUUAAUCAUCUGAAUACUUGCAAGCCAAAGAAGAAAGAUACUUUCCUUUACCAACGUACUCUAAAAUUUAUUCAAGAUGCUUUAGCAAGAGAACUUGGAAGCUGAGUCCUUACCAUCCUUGCUUGCUUCUCUCUGCCAUUUGGUGUAAUGCAACAGUCUUUCCACUAAAACUGUUGGGAGGCCUCCUGAACCACAGACACAAUAUUAAUAAAAAAAAUCACCUGUCCAAGUGGCUUUGAAUACAUCUUCUGCUUGGAAAUCUACAUUGUCUGUGUCUGAAAUACAUUCAAAAUAUAUACAGACUCAACCACAGCUCCAGAAAUCUUGCAAUAAAAGGUGAAAAUCUGCUGUGAUUUACUUUGACUUCUUGUCUACGUGUAUGUAAUUCCUCUGAGUUGCCCAGUAGGCAAUGAUGUUGCAGUGGAGGAAAAGCUUCAGAUAUCCUGCAGCUACUUUUCUAGAGCACCAUAGAUGAGCUAUGAAGAGUGUCCCCUGUAAACUUCUUAGCCAAGAAAAAUUGCUGUGAUUAUGACAUGAAUGUACGUAUGGGACAAAAGUGCUACAUUAGUGGACUAAAAACAAUAAACGCAGAUGAUGCUCUGUUUCUAUAACAUAGGGAAACAAGUGGUUGUCUCAGAGUAUGCAUGUGCUUGCGAGUUUGAAACAAAUGAAUGAUUCUGGAUACUGUUUUGAUUUAGGAGCUAGUUGGAUUAGGUUUAUGCUGCUUGCCUUUCUGUUUGAGAGGCCCAGACAUUCUUCUGGUUUAGUUCACUUAUUACCUGUGGGACAUCAGUUGAUAACAAAUGUAGGAAAGAGAGUGCUGUGUGAGAAAUAGAGUAUCACCUACUCUGUUGAUCUCUGGUAUGGGAUCUUGUGUAAAGAAAACAGAGGCAGUUUAAUCUAGUUUUAAGCAAAAAGAUAAAUUCUUGUACUGUUCCAUUUUAAUUCCAUCUGUUUUUGGGCUUCAAGAUCAUAGAAAAAGAGCCAUAGUAUGUCUCUGGCCUAGUUCUCUGCUCUGUCACACAUAAGACCUGUGUAAGAGACCUUUCUGUCGGCAGAGGCAUGUA